AGUGUAAGUACCUUUCUGUGUUUUUCUUUGCCAGCUCUUUGAGGAACCGAAGAAGAACAAGAUCACAACAGUUUUAGUGGCUUUGGCUGCACGAGCUCUCCCUCGCUUUGACCGCUCUAUCACGAGUGCUUCUGCCAAGAAACGAUUCGGAUCUUUGUCUCACCAUCGUACUGCUGUUAGAGCGGCAUCUACAUUUUUUGCUCGGACUGCUCCUGCUGUGGGAUAUUCUCUUUUUUUUUUGAGAACGUCUUUCGCAGACCUCUUGCGCCCCGGCCACGGAGCAGGAGCAUGCAGUGCCAAAGGACUUUGCUACUGAGGCAGUCUUCUACACGUUUUUCCCUUGCCGUCUCGAACUACACCAAUCGGGCCGGGUUCACGCCUUCAAGCUCCAGCUCCUCGCACGUUUAUUCCAAGCCGAAAGGCAAGAGCACAGCUCGGGGCCUGUCUUCACCAGAAAUAAAGCGCCUGGUGCCACUGACGCCAAAGAGCACAGAUCAUGACACGAUACGUUUGUCCAGUAACGACAUCAAGGAUGUUGCGGGCGGCCUGGCCAAGGGUUACUACAGCCCGUAUUACGACCGUUCCGCAGCUAGCACCUACAACUUCGGCCGUCAACGCCGCUUUUUCGCCAGAUGGCGACCUAUGAAAUGCAAAUAUGUCUGGGUCUGGAAGAAUGCAAGACUUGUGAUGCAGGUUUUCCAUGACCCAUGAGGUCUGGAAUGCGAGACCCAGCAUGACAGAUUCUUUGAGGUCUCUAUCAUGCCUUUCCUGCAUGAGAAACCCCCUCUCCACUUAGUCAAAAGCGGACAGCUUUUGGUACUAACGCAACACAGAUCUUUCCAUCAUUCAGAUUUAGCAUGACGAGUUCUAAUCUUCCAGACCCAGACACUUUUGCAGUUGAUGCGACCCUUCAUCAAGCCAAUCAAUGGUUCCAUCGCGGAGGCGAAAUAUGGAAAGGACAAGCAGGACAAACGCGUCGCUGUAUCCUACGAAAAAACUGUUUCACUGUGAACUUGUGAUGCAUGGAAUGGAACACAAAACUAUUUUUCUUGCUACACAUGCAAGACAUUGGAUUUUUAAGAGUGUUUUCCCUUGGGAAGUGCGCAUGACAAAUUUUCUGUGCCAUGUGUAACAAACUUGUGAUGCAGAUCAUGCAAAAUCAUCACAGUGAAACAGUUUUUUCCUGCGAUACGCUGAGACGCUGCAGCAAACGGGGCUGGAAGACACGCAAAGAGAGCAGAAAGAGAAGGAGGAUAUGCAAUGCAAAAGCAUCGUACUAGUAUAAAUUGCAUUACAAGUUUGCUCAGCAUGACAAAUGCAAUUUGUAAUGCUGUUUUACGUUAGGAAGAAAAUUUGUCAUGCAUAUUUGCAAUUAGGAAUUAGUACGAGUACGAUACUUUUGCAGUUCAUAGAGGACCGGGACAAGCAAAUGGAGCUCAUGUACACGCGCAAGACCGCUCUCCUCGGCAACACGCCCUACAUGUCCCUCCGCUACGUCCAAGCCUUCCACGCCGGAAAACAGGCCGCAGCGCAGCAAAUGACAUCAUCAAGCGAGGACCCUCUUCAGGGUCAACAGCCAGACCAAGAGCUUCUGACUGAGCCCAUCCUCCUGCGGCUGCGCCUGGAUGUGGAUCUGACCCGCGAGGCGGUCCGGGGCACUUGCGUGCUCCCGUUUGGUCUGCAGACGAAGACGCGGCUCCUCGCGUUUUGCCCGGACCACCAAGCCGCGGAGAUGCGGCAACUCGGGGCGGACUUCGCCGGCAUUACGGACCUGAUCAAGCGGAUCGAGAAGGGCUGGCUCGGUUUCGACCGGUGCAUCGCGACGCAGGACAUCAUGAAGCGGGUGCUGCCGGUGGCGAAAAUUCUCGGGCCGAAACGGCUGAUGCCCAGCCCCCGGUCAGGCACGGUCGUGGAAGAUUUGCGUUCCGCAAUCAAGGAGACGAAGGGCGGAGGGCUGAUCGAGUACCGCGCCGAGCAGUCGAAGGACGAGCACAACAAGUGCGAGGUGGAGAUCACCGUGGGCGAUACGACGUUUGCGAACCAGAUAUCAAGUGCAAAAAUGUCUGGGUCUGGAAGAAUGUAUGUUUGUCAUGCUUGUCUGGCAUGACUCUCAAAUCUGUCAUGCACGUUACCCAAGAGCUCCAUUUUUCUGUGAUGCAGAAACGCAGUUUGUCAUGCAGAAUAGGCAACACCUAGAAGCUCAGAAGCUUGUCAUGCUGAGCCAGCACUUGUGGCCUCAUCAUGAAACGCCACCCAGCAUCACAAGUUUCCAGACCCAGACAUAUUUCCACUGGAUGCCAGAUGGUCCUGGACAAUGUGAAAUUUUUCGUCGCGCAUUUGCUGAAGAACCGGAUGAAGAUCGGGAACAAAAUCACAAAGAUCGGCGGGAACGGCAGCGGCACCGGAGGGACCAACAUGAUCAAAGACGUGCGGAAAAACGAUGGUGCGAGUGCUGGCAAGAAAACGUCGGCACUGUACAUCACACGGGCUCAUAUCAAAACGGCAACCGGCCCGAUAGUGAUUUUGAAGCCGGAGGACGUGCUGCCAAGUAGCAGCGGGUAUUUCAGAUAGGGUUUAGUGGCAACACUGACGAUACCGCUCUGCAUCAUGCAACGUGUGGAGGUAUCUUCUGACGAAUAUUUAUCAUAGAUAAGGAAAAUG